AUACAGCCCCUAUGUGUUCAGCACGAUUUAAGGUUGCUGACACUGUUUAUCCUUCUGACAAGGACUUCAUCGUAUCAUCGUGGGCACUUACUGAAUGCUCUUGUCCACCUUUGGACUUACUUUUGUUCUUCGAAGGUCGAGGAUUUCACAAUCGAGGACUAGAAGUGAUUCAGUAACGAACUGGCGUAUUAAUGUCUCAGAUCAGGACGUCUGGUCUCCAGAUCCCUACAACCAUGACUGAUUCUGCAACUUCAGCACAGACCAACCAGCCCCAUGUCGCACUCAUCACUGGCGCAGCCCAGGGCAUCGGACGUGCCAUUGCUCUACGGCUCGCAGAGGACGGACUCGACAUUGCCAUCGCAGACUUGGGAUCACAACGCGCGAACCUUGACGGCGUUGCUGAGGAGGUGAGGGUGAAGGGGAGGCGCUGUAUUGUUGUGGAAUGCGAUGUGUCACGAGAGGAGGAGGUCCAACACAUGGUGCAGGCUACGGAGAAAGAGUUUGAUGCUUUGGACGUCAUGGUAGCGAAUGCCGGACGAAUUCUCGUGAAGCCUAUGGUAGACUCCACCCUCACCGAUUUCGACAGGAUCUUCGACACCAAUGUGCGCGGAACGUUCCUCUGCUUGCGUGCUGCCGCGCAAGCCAUGAUAAAGCGAGGGCGUGGUGGGAGGAUCAUCAGUGCGUCGUCGGUAUCUGGAAAGAAAGGGAUGCCACUCAACAGCAUUUACUGUGCAUCGAAAUCUGCCAUUCGAUCAUUCACACAAGCACUCGCGAGUGAGGUCGGGUCACACGGCAUCACCGUGAACGCGUACGCGCCUGGACCAGUUGAUACACUUUUCAUGCAUGACUCCCUCGAAGAAUUCGCAAAACAAACAGGGCUUCCUGAUGGCAAGACAUUUAUCCAAAAUUACCAAGCGCACGCGGCGUUGACUCGGAUUGGAACGCCGGAAGACAUUGCAAACAUGGUGUCGUUCCUAGCGGGCGAGGACUCCUCCUACAUCACUGGCCAGACAAUCACAAUUGAUGGGGGAUCAUGGAUGGACUGAUCAUCCGCUUAUGGCUGAGAGAACCACACUUAAUUUGUAUGCACACUUCGAGUUCUUUAGGGAAA